GACCACCUUAACCAAUAUACCGCUCUUUUGAGGCCAAGGGUAUUGGGGUAGCGAGUGGAAGAAGGAAUGACCAUGGCGCUUCGCAGACUAUCCUCCACCAUCAAGAGACCAAGUCUAGCUUUUACUAAUGGCGGUUCUGUUUAUUACAUGUCUUCUUUCCAAAAUGCAGCAGCACAAGAAAAAGAAAAAGCUCGUGCAGCCGUAAGCCAUUUGUCUCAUUUCUGGAUAAAGCAGCUCAAUGAUCCUAUUGAAGUUGUGGAUCCGGAAGUCACAGACGUAAUUGAACUCGAAAAAGCUCGCCAAUGGAAGGGAUUCGAACUCAUACCUUCAGAAAACUUCACGUCAUUGUCGGUGAUGCAAGCUGUUGGAUCGGUCAUGACUAAUAAAUACAGCGAAGGGUAUCCCGGUGCCAGAUACUAUGGAGGAAAUGAGUAUAUUGACAUGGCAGAAUCCUUGUGUCAGAAGCGUGCAUUAGGAGCUUUUGGGCUAGAUCCCGCGAAAUGGGGAGUCAAUGUGCAGUCAUUGUCCGGAUCCCCUGCUAAUUUCCAAGUUUACACUGCAUUAUUGAAACCUCACGAGAGAAUCAUGGCUCUUGAUCUUCCCCAUGGUGGACAUCUGUCUCAUGGCUAUCAGACUGACACCAAGAAGAUAUCAGCUGUAUCAGUAUUCUUUGAAACAAUGCCAUACAGAUUAGAUGAGAGCACUGGCUAUAUUGAUUAUGACCAGAUGGAGAAAAGUGCUGCACUUUUUAGGCCAAAACUAAUAGUUGCUGGUGCUAGUGCUUAUGCUCGCCUUUAUGACUAUGCACGUGUACGCAAGGUCUGCGACAAGCAGAAGGCUGUUAUGUUGGCUGAUAUUGCACACAUCAGCGGAUUGGUUGCUGCUGGUGUUAUUCCUUCUCCUUUUGAUUACGCAGAUGUUGUGACAACCACAACACACAAAUCACUUCGUGGACCACGUGGAGCUAUGAUCUUCUUCAGGAAAGGUGUGAAGGAGAUAAACAAGCAAGGACAAGAAGUGUUAUAUGACUUCGAAGACAGGAUAAAUCAGGCUGUUUUUCCUGGACUUCAGGGUGGUCCACAUAAUCACACAAUUACAGCCUUGGCAGUUGCACUGAAGCAGGCUAUGACACCAGAAUUCAAGGAUUACCAAAAGCAAGUUCUUAGUAAUUGCUCAAAAUUUGCACAGACUUUGACGGAGAAAGGAUAUGAUCUAGUAUCUGGCGGAACGGAUAAUCAUUUAGUGUUGGUUAACUUGAGAAACAAGGGCAUUGAUGGCUCAAGGGUUGAGAAGGUGCUAGAAUCAGUUCAUAUCGCAGCUAAUAAAAAUACCGUUCCAGGGGAUGUGUCUGCCAUGGUUCCUGGGGGCAUUCGUAUGGGUACCCCAGCUCUCACAUCCAGGGGGUUUGUUGAGGAAGAUUUUGUAAAAGUAGCCGAAUAUUUUGAUGCCGCAGUCAAGUUGGCCUUGAAGGUCAAGGCUAAUGUAAAAGGAACAAAGUUGAAGGAUUUCGUGGCAACGAUGCAAUCAGAUGCUCAAAUUCAAUCUGAGAUUGCUGAUCUCCGCCGUCAAGUAGAGGACUACGCCAAACAGUUCCCGACAAUUGGUUUCGAGAAAGAGACGAUGAAGUACGGCGAGUGAAAAUGGCACAUCACAUGGGUUGGCGUGUGCUUUCAUUCUCCUGGGUUACUUGCCCGGCCAAAUGUUGGGCAUUUUUUGUGAUUUAUGAUGAAAUAAUGUCUAAUUUUGAUUUGUUGAUUCUGUUUUUUUCCCCUCAAACCUUUACAAGAAUGGGAUAAAAGGAUCAUUUCACACGACAAUGAAUCCGUUGAAAUUAUUGAUCAUUCCUCCCAUUUCAAAA